AUGGCGACUAUUGAAGACAUUAAACGGAAGGUCCUUCAUCCAUACCGGACUCAUCGACAACUUUCAUUAAAGGAAGCUGACUUUUUAUCCGUUGAGCUGCUCGAACUGCUCUCCCAAACGGAAUGUCAUGAUAGCUCUACACUAAAAUACGUUGGUAGAUUCCUGACGAAGGCAACUUACGCAGAUUUAAUAGAUGAGAGGAACUUAAUCAAGAAGUGUGGUUACCCUUUGUGCAAUUUAAGCCAGGGAAGGGUCAGAGACCUAUAUGAAAAUGGGACUGUAUCCAACUUCUUAAAGCAGAAUAAUCCCUACAAGUAUCUAACGAGUUUCUGCAGUAAGUUCCACUUCCGGUGCUCCCAGUUUUAUCAAGUUCAGCUUUCUGAUGAAGCUCUCUUUGCAAGAAUUGGUGUGCAUCUUGAUGACCACGAAGUUACGAAUACAAUAGUGCUGCUGGAAGAAGCAAUGGCAAGAGAAAGGGAUUUAAAGAGUGUUAUGAGAGAUAUGGAAGGACUAAGUAUUGAUGGCGAUAAGCCAGAUGCAAAGGAAGAAUUACAAAAGGACCUGAGCGAUUGGCUCAGCGAGGUGAAAAUUGUUGAGAAUGAAAGGACAUCGAUGAUGGGCGAUUUCGUGAAGGAAUAG